GUCUUCCCUUUUAAGUGACACCUCGAACCAGAAUAUUUUUCACUCUCUUUCUCCCACCACCACACCACCACCACCACCGUCACCGUCAUCGUCACAACUCUCCUCUCAUUUCUCAUUCCUCUUAGAUCCCAUUUCUCUCCUUAACCUCAAUCUCACACUUCUUCUACUCUCUGACGCCACAUUUCUACUGUUGACUGCCUGAUAUGGAUCGCCGGAGUUGGCCUUGGAAGAAAAAAUCAUCCGACAAGACUGAGAAAGCGGCUCCCGCAGAAGACUCCGGUGGAUCACAGGGAGAGAAGGAUAGCUAUAAAAAACCCAACUACGUUCAAAUUUCUGUGGAAUCAUAUACCCACCUGACUGGUUUAGAGGAUCAAGUGAAGACAUAUGGGGAACAGGUUGAAACACUAGAGGAUCAGAUCAUGGACUUGAAUGAAAAGCUGUCUGCAGCCCAUUCAGAGAUGACUACCAAGGAAAACCUGGUGAAACAACAUGCUAAAGUUGCUGAAGAAGCUGUCUCGGGUUGGGAAAAGGCUGAGGCUGAAGCUUUGGCAUUGAAAAAUCAUCUAGAAACAGUUACACUCUCAAAGCUCACUGCUGAAGAUCGGGCAUCACAUUUGGAUGGUGCUCUCAAAGAGUGCAUGCGGCAGAUAAGAAAUCUAAAAGAAGAACAUGAACAGAAAGUGCAGGAUGUUGUACUCAACAAGAAAAAGCAAUUAGACAAAAUUAAGAUGGAUUUUGAAGCAAAGAUUGGUAACUUGGAUCAAGAGCUCCUUAGGUCUGCUGCUGAAAAUGCUGCACUUUCAAGGUCAUUGCAAGAGCGUUCUAAUAUGCUAAUCAAAAUAAGUGAAGAAAGGUCGCAAGCUGAGGCUGACAUUGAGCUUUUGAAGAGCAAUAUUGAGUCAUGUGAAAGGGAAAUAAAUUCACUUAAAUAUGAACUCCAUGUAACUUCUAAAGAGCUGGAGAUUCGUAAUGAAGAAAAGAAUAUGAUCAUGAGAUCUGCUGAAGCAGCUAACAAGCAGCAUACAGAGGGUGUCAAAAAAAUAGCUAAGCUGGAAGCAGAGUGCCAAAGAUUACGCGGUCUUGUUCGGAAGAAAUUGCCAGGUCCUGCUGCACUUGCCCAGAUGAAGCUAGAGGUUGAGAGUUUGGGUCGGGAUUAUGGAGACUCUCGACUGAGGAGGUCUCCUGUUAAGCCUCCAAGUCCUCAUUUGUCCUCAGUGCCUGAAUUUUCACUGGACAAUGUACAGAAAUUCAACAAAGAGAAUGAGUUUCUCACAGAGCGUUUAUUUGCAGUGGAGGAGGAAACAAAGAUGUUGAAAGAAGCUUUGGCAAAGCGUAACAGUGAACUGCAGGCUUCAAGGAAUCUGUGUGCUAAGACAGCAAGCAAGCUUCAAAGUUUAGAAGCUCAAUUUCAACUCAACAAUCAUCAGAAAAGCUCCCCAAAAUCUAUCACUCAGGUUCCUGCUGAAGGUUACUCUAGUCAAAAUAUCAGUAACCCACCUAGCUUAACCUCUGUGUCUGAAGAUGGAAAUGAUGAUACCCAAAGUUGUGCUGACUCUUGGGCAACGACAUCAGUCUCCGAUGUUUCCCAUUUCAAGAAGGACAAUCACAGUGAGAAGUCAAAUAAGGCUGAAAAUGCAAAGCACCUUGAACUUAUGGAUGACUUCUUGGAGAUGGAGAAGUUGGCUUGUUUAAAUGCAGAUAGUGCCACUACCAUUUCAAGUUCUCCAAACAAUAAGGCUUCUGAAACUGCAAACACUGAUGCUUUGGCUGAGGUCUCCUUGCAAAAAGAAGAUGCACUGUCUGAAGAGAAGCGUGAUUUGGAUCCACUGGCGAAUCACGUGUCUUGCAAUAAGGAUUCUUCAGCCAUAAACUCAGGAUCUGAUGCUGAUCUGUUGUCAUUUGGGAAACUCCAGUCUAGAAUCUCUAUGUUACUUGAGUCUGUGUCGAAGGAGGUUGAUGUGGAUAAAAUUUUGGAAGAAAUUAAGCAGGUUGUGCAUGAUGCAGAAACCGCAGCAAGCUGUGGUUCCAAGGAAGUACACCAUUCCGAUGCAACGUGCGACAGGCAAACUUGUCCUGAAGAUGCUGUUAUAAUGGGAGAGAAGGAAAUCACAUUGUUGCAAGAGAAUAAGGCAGCCACACACACUAUGCACACAGUAAGCGAGGAGUUGUUGGCUGCCAUUUCUCAGAUUCAUGACUUCGUACUAUUGCUGGGAAAAGAAGCAAUGGCAGUUCAUGACACUUCUUGCGAUAGCAUUGGUCUGAGCCAAAAAAUUGAGGAGUUCUCAAUUACAUUCAAGAAAGUUUUAUGCAGUGACAGAAGCCUGAUUGAUUUCAUGUUUGACCUUUCUCGUGUAUUAGCAGUAGCCAGUGGGCUCCGAUUCAAUGUCCUAGGAUAUAAAUGCAAUGAGGCGGAAAUCAAUAGUCCUGAUUGCAUAGAUAAGGUUGCUUUACCAGAGAACAAGGUCAUUCAAAAUGAUUCACCGGGAGAAACAUUUCAGAAUGGUUGUGCCAACAUUUCCAGUCCGACCUCUAACCCGGAGGUGCCUGAUUAUGGAAAUUUGGUACCUGGCUAUGGAUCAAAUACCACAUCGUGCAAGGUCUCAUUGGAAGAGUUUGAAGAAUUGAAAUCAGAGAAGGACACAAUGGCCAUGGAUCUAGCUAGAUGUACUGAAAAUCUUGAAAUGACAAAAUCUCAAUUACAUGAAACCGAGCAGCUUCUAGCUGAAGUUAAAUCACAACUGGUUUCUGCACAAAAGUCUAACAGCUUGGCUGAGACACAGCUCAAAUGUAUGGCAGAGUCAUAUAGGUCGCUUGAAACACGUGCACAGGAGUUGGAAACUGAGGUAAACCUUCUGCGGGUGAAAACAGAAACUUUGGAAAGUGAGCUUCAAGAAGAAAAGACGAGUCAUCAGGAUGCCUUGACCAGAUGCAAAGAACUAGAAGAGCAACUGCAAACGAAAGAGAGCUCGUCAGCGGAUGGCAUUGACCUCAAGAGCAAACAGGAGAAAGAAAUAACAGCUGCCGCAGAAAAGCUAGCAGAGUGCCAGGAGACUAUAUUUCUUCUUGGCAAGCAGUUAAAAUAUUUGCGUCCGCAAACAGAGAUCAUGGGAUCUCCUUACAGUGAGAGGAGUCAAAGUGGCGAUGGGAUUGCCAAAGACGAACCUACUAUAAGUGGCAUUAACUUGCAGGAUUCUGAUCAAGCUGAGAUGGACACAGGUGCUUCUGUUAAUUUCCUCAAAGCAGGUAGUGAAUCUCCAUCGGAUUCAUACAACCAUCCAUGCUAUCCAUCUGAUACAGAGUCAAACCUCUUGAGAUCACCGGUUGGCUUAAAGCAUCCAAAACACAGGCCUACAAAAUCAACCUCCUCAUCUUCAUCUUCUACCCCCACGCCAGAGAAACACCCUCGAGGGUUUAGCAGGUUCUUUUCCUCGAAAGGGAAGAAUGGACAUGGUUACUAGGCUUGCAGCCCGCGGGCAUAAUAAUGUUAUGGUCGAUAAAGAUCAAUGUAGUAAUAAGCUGAAUCACCAAAUAUGGAGUCAUCGACCAUAACUGGUGUUAGAAUCACUUGUGGAGUAUUCAAACUCGAGACCCUGAGUUUGUUUAGGUUUCAUAUUGUGAAUGAUGCUUUGAACACUGGGUAAUUUUUUUGUAACUAAUGACUGUAUAUGGUAUCCACAUCUAUCACUACUACUUUCUUUA